UUUCACUAGGAAGUAGUGUAGUAUUGUAACCUGGUCUGCAGCUGGAUCACACAAAGGGGAUGCCUUGCUUCUCGGAUGCGGCCACUGAUGGCGACUGGAAGCUGGUGAAUAAGCAGAAAACAGAGGGAGUGGACGCGGAUGCGGAUAAUAGGACAUGCCUCACAUUCAGCGUCAGAUGGCUGAAGAUGAGAAUGAGGACACUUUGUGGAUAUUUAUUGCUUGUUUUGAAACAGUUUUGGGUGUCGCUGUGGAUUUCUAGCGCGCUCUUUCUCCCUCCCGUGGGUGCAUAGAUCCCAUCAUCCUACGCAGAGAGGGGCGAUGGCCGCCGGGGGAGCUGCGGGAGGAUGCGGGGAUACAGUGGAGGAGUACCAGGCUGAGGUGGAGCGUCUGACCAGGGAGUUGGCGGAAGCCAACCGCGAGAAAAUCCGUGCGGCGGAGUGCGGGCUCGCGGUUCUAGAGGAGAACCAGAGCUUGAAGCAGCAGUAUGCAGAGCUGGAGGCCGAGCAGGAGGCGCUCAGGCUGGAGUUGGAGCAGCUGCAGGAGGUGGGCUCAACAGGGGCUUUUGGCCAGGCUUACUCCACCCAGCGUAAGGUGGCCGAGGAUGGCGAGACCAACGAGGAGACGCUUCUGGAGGAGUCUGCCACCAAGGAAGCCUACUACAUGAGCCGUCUCCUGGAGCUCCAGGCCGAGGUCAAAUGCUGCCAGGCAACUGCGGCCAAUGCAAAGGCUGACAAUGAUCACCUGACCUGCCUGCUGCAGCAGCUGCGGGAGAGUAAUGAGAUGCUGGAGCUUCAGCGUAGCCGCAUGCGAGAGGAAGUUAGGGAGUACAAGUUUCGAGAAUCAAGGCUAAUUCAAGACUACACAGAGCUGGAAGAGGAGAACAUUUCACUGCAGAAACUGGUUUCAACCCUCAAACAGAAUCAGGUGGAAUACGAAGGCUUAAAACAUGAAAUUAAAGUAUUAGAAGAGGAAACGGACAAUCUGGACAGUCAGUUGCAAGAUGCGCUACGUUUGAAGGACAUCUCUGACUCCCAUCUGGAGGAGGCUCUGGAGUCUCUGAAGAGUGAGCGUGAGCAAAAGAACCACUUGCGCAGAGAGCUGGUUCACCAUCUGAGCAUGUGUGAUGUUGCGUACACUGGAAGUGCGCACCUGACGUUCACGUCUGCCCCACCUAGCGGCACGGCUACUCCAACAACUUUGCUCUCGCCAACCUCAGAAGAGCCAACAAGAUGUAAUGGCCAUGUGCAAGGCGUAACACGAUUAAAAGCAGCUUCUGGAUCGGUGACCGGUGCUAAUGGAGAAUGCCGAGGUACGAAUCGGAAAACAGAAGGUGUGGCGACUUCGGACCUGUUCAGCGAGAUGAACCUGACUGAGGUCCAGAAGCUUAAGCAACAACUUUUGACUGUGGAGCGGGAGAAAAUAGCACUGAUAACCAGUUUGCAAGAAUCCCAGACUAAGCUCCAACACACUCAGGGGGCUCUGUCGGAACAACACGAGAAGACCCUGCGCCUUAGCCAGAAGGUCACCGCUCUUCGCCGCGAGCAGCAGGGAGCCCAAAGUUUGGACUCUUUACUCAACCCUGAGGACCAUAAAGGACGUAAUCUAGCUCAGGAGGACGAAGAUGAAGAGGACAAGCAUGGCACAGUGGACAAAAGUCCUAUCUUUCCAUUGCUGCGGGACAGGAUGGCUCAGAGUGGGGAAGUAGAACAGGAAAAGCCAAGAGGAAAAGCACUGCAACAGAGACUUGAGAAGAAGGUAACCUCACUGGAAAAGAGCUGGCAGGAGGGAAAAGAGAAGGUGUCUGCUUUGGAAGCGGAGUUGCAGGCAACUCAGCUGGCAGCCGGUGAGAGUCAGGGGGCUUUGAAUGCUGCUCAGGAUGAACUGGUGAUGCUUAGUGAGGAGCUCGCCCAGCUCUACCAUCAUGUUUGUCUGUGCAACAACGAUACGCCCGACCGCGUCAUGCUGGACUACUACAGACAUGGCAGGGGACUCAAGGGUCUUUGUGCCAGUCUCAAAGCCAUGUCUUCCGACAAUAGUAAAGUUCUCCUCACGCCACGCCUUGCCAGAAGACUGGCCAAUUCAACAACCUCAACUUCCGGGGAGUCGCGGAGCCCCUCGGAGUCUCCGUCCAAAGAACCGAGAAGAGACGGUAAGGAGGCGGGCAAGGAGCUCAUGAAGGGUCAGGCGGAGCAAAGCCUACCUCCCUGCAGUCCUCCGACCCGCUCCCCCAGCAUCAGUGCCUCAUCAUCGUCCUCAUCGUCCUCGUCACCCGCCCUGGAGCCAGCUGGGGAGCUACGCAGAGAGCCUAUGAACAUCUACAACCUUAACGCCAUCAUCAGAGACCAGGUGAAACAUCUACAGAGGGCUGUUGACAAGGCUCUUCAGCUUUCCAGGCAAAGAGCUGAAGCCAGAGAACUGGCUCCUUUGCUUGAUAAGGACAAGGAAAGCUGCUUGGAGGAGAUCUUGAAACUGAAAUCUCUGCUCAGCACCAAGAGAGAGCAGAUAGCCACUCUCCGACUGGUGCUUAAAGCUAACAAACAGACAGCAGAGGUAGCUCUUACCAACUUGAAAAGCAAGUAUGAGGCAGAGAAAUCCAUGGUGACUGACACAAUGACUAAGCUAAGGAACGAGCUGAAGGCCUUGAAAGAAGAUGCGGCGACGUUCUCCUCUGUUCGAGCAAUGUUCGCCACCAGGUGUGAUGAGUAUGUCACCCAAUUGGAUGAGAUGCAAAGGCAGCUGGCGGCAGCUGAGGAUGAAAAGAAGACAUUGAACUCCCUUCUGCGAAUGGCUAUUCAACAAAAACUGGCCCUUACCCAACGCCUUGAGGACUUAGCAUUUGAUCAAGAACAAACGCACCGAAACCGCGGGAGCAGAUUUACACGCAGGAAGACCGGCACAUCCAAAGUAAACCUCACGACCUCAGCGUCAACGUCAGACCUGGUGCAAGACUCUGGUCCAGUUUUGGUCCCUAGUAGUUCCUCCCCUUCUUGCCUUAGUAGUCCAACAAAACAGUCAUCAUCCUCUUGCAAUCCAACAUCACCAGCGAUUGCCUCUCCACCUGAACCUCCGGUGGUGGAAAACCCUCCAUCUCUAGAUGUCUCAGCCACGUCAUCAACCCCUCCAAGGUUGGCUCAGUCCCGGUGGACCCUCGGAAUGCGGACGUUUGUCGUCGACUCUCAUAGUUUCAGAAUUACUUCCCCAUUUUCCCGUAGCUCACCUCCUUCAAGACAGAGCACCCCGGAUACGCCAAGUGCUGCUAUGACAGCAACCAGACCUAACCAAACUGGCACAACCCCUUCCUAUCGUUCCCCUUUUCUGGGAUUAAAGAGCUCCUCGUGGAGUCCUUCACCCCGAACUCGUCCUUUGUCCAGGUUGACAGGGACUUCAGUCCAUCACAUACCACCUUCGUCCUCCCACAGUUAUUCCCCGACAUACUACAGUCACUCUAGCCACUACACUCCUCUCUACCCCAGGUACUACAGUUCCUAUCGACCCCGACACUGACUGUAAAUUUCAGUUUCUCCUUCUUGUGCCUACCCCUUGGCCAACAGAUUUCAAAUAUUUCGUGACAUUCUCAGGGAGUCGAGACCAGGAGCACAAGUCUUCUGUUUAUUCAGUCCAAGAGAGGACAUUAAUAGACUUUUUCAUGAGUGUUUUUAGCAAGAUUUGUUUAAAAUUUACUGGACCUUUGACACCAUAUCACAUAGGCUUUAUAUUGAGUGCACUAUCCACUUUGUCUAAAAUUGUCGUGAGAUUCAUUGUAACCAAACUUAAGGACCGCAGGACAGUAGUUUGCGGCUUCUUGAUGUCUUAUUGCAAGUACUAGACAUGCAAGCGUAAAAUAUGUUAAGAAUUUCACCUAAAAAGCUUCAGUUCCGUGUAAACAUGAUUAUAAGUUAAUUAUUUUUUGCUGAAAAUAAUAUAUUAUCGGUUCGAACAUUACAUGUCUUGUUUUUGUAGUGCAUUCAAUUAAAUAUAUCUUGAACAUGAUGUGCAUAUUGUGGUAUUCUGACCCUAUUCAGAUGGGAGCUCUGCAAUGCGAAGUGCAAUGUAAUGCAAAAGCUAACAGCCCUACAUUUUUUAUCCAAUUCGCAUAAAUCAUACAUAAAAAAUAACAGGAAGGGGCAUAACAGUUGGAUAAAAAAUUUGCCAAAAACUUACGGUUCCCCAAAACACACCAAAAACUUUCUCAUUCAUUUCUAAUUGGAUGCCACUGCCAGCCAUGUACGUUGUUCCAUUCAUUUGUAACGGCC